AUGAACAAACCUUACGCAAUCAUUUUUACAGGUGGUCAUUAUGAUGACCACCCUGACUCAAUUCAAUUUUAUCAAUCACUCAUAGACUUAAGUUCAUUUUUUAUUUGUGCAGAUAGUGGUGCUGAUCAUGCAUCAGAAUUUAAAAGAACACCACUUUUUAUAGUUGGAGAUAUGGAUAGUGUUAAUCAAGAAACAAUAAAGCAAUUUAAACAUGUAAAACAAAUUCAUUUUAGAUGUGACAAAGAUUAUACAGACACAGAAAUUGCUAUUGGUAAGUGUAUUGAUGAAGGAUAUAAAAAUAUUGUGUUGUGUGGUGGAAUAGGAACUAGAUUUGAUCAUUCUUUAUCAAAUGUGCUUUCAUUAGUUCGUUUGAAAAAUGAAGGAGUUGAAGUAAAAAUAAUAAAUUAUUAUGAAGAAAUAUUUGUUGCCAAACCCCAUACUGAGAUAGAAGGAAAACAAGGUUGGACAAUUAGUUUUAUUCCAUUAACACUAACUGUAACAAAUGUAACAAUUUCUGGUUGUCAAUAUCCAUUAUCUUCAUACACUUUACAACUUGGUUAUUCAUUAACAAUAUCAAAUAUAAUAAUUUCUCCAAAAGCAGUUUUUACAUUUGAUGAAGGUGAGGUUCUUGUUGUACUUACUCGACCCAAUGGACUUGUUUAA